AUGCCAGCUAAUUACGAAGCGUUGGCCAUUUGCGGCCUCAUAUCGGCGAGUUUAGUGCACUACUGGCCCCUACCAAGUGAUUACAAACUUUAUGGAUGUAGUUGGCGCCACGCCAGGCACGGUCUCUUGCCUCCGCGACAUCCUUACAUCAACCACGGACGCAAACAUCAUUUCCUGGAUGACCUCGACCGGUUAGGCGCUAGAGACUACCAGCCUACCGAGCAGGAUAUAUUAAGAACCAGAGUCAAAACCACCGGCAUCGUCGAAGUUCACUUCUCCUUUAAGAACCUUAACUUCAAAUUAUUCGACGUCGGUGGUCAGAGAUCCGAGAGAAAGAAGUGGAUCCAUUGCUUCGAAGAUGUCACCGCGAUCAUUUUCUGCGUGGCCAUGUCCGAAUACGAUCAAGUCUUGCAUGAAGAUGAGACCACGAACCGCAUGCAGGAGAGUCUGAAACUGUUCGACUCCAUCUGCAAUAACAAGUGGUUUACGGACACCAGCAUCAUACUCUUCCUCAACAAGAAGGAUCUCUUCGAAGAGAAGAUCCGCAAGUCGCCCCUCACCAUUUGCUUCCCGGAGUACACGGGCGCGCAGGAGUACGGCGAGGCGGCCGCCUACAUCCAGGCCCAGUUCGAGGCUAAGAACAAGUCCACCACAAAGGAGAUCUACUGCCACAUGACCUGCGCCACCGACACCAACAACAUCCAGUUCGUGUUCGACGCCGUCACCGACGUCAUCAUCGCGAACAACCUGCGCGGCUGCGGCCUGUAC